AUGUCUAUCAAAACACUCUUUGUUAGUGAUAGAGGUGCCAAGGGUCUGGUCCUUAAUGGUAAUAGAGUUGCCAAGGGCGCACAUUGUCUCACGCGCGAUCAGGGUAUAACUACGGCUAUCUGUGUUUUAACACCCAAGGAUGUGCUACUAACCCGCACAAGUACCCUAAUCAAACGACUUGAUGAUGACCUUGUUAAAUUUGAGCGCAAUCCACUAGCUAGCCAGGCUGAUCUCAAAGAAUUAAGCGGCAAUGAGUCCCAGAUUAGAUUUCUAUACGCCAAGCUACAGUCAGCAAUUACACAAAGUGACAUUGAUGCAAUUAGCAAAGAAUUAACUCAGUUAGAUGACCAGGUUGAAAAACACUUGACAACUUUAGAACAUAUUGUCGCGGGUGGAACGACAUCUCACGGCGUGCCAACCAAACCUCCAACUCUGGCACCGACUACACCGCCCACCGGUGGCCCGACCCCACCCCUACCUACCAGACGUCCAAUAAUUAAUUGUGAGGCAAAUUCAAACCUAUUCGCCCGGACGGCGGCACUGGAGGUCAGGAUUAAUGAAAAAAUUAAAGAGUUGACUGCCGCGGGGAAAACUGAACAGGCUAAGUCUUUAAAAGCUAAGCAAGAUCGUUUGAAUAUUAUGGUAAAGUCGUUGAGUGACAAGGUGAUUGAGAAUAAUAACGUAGUCCAGCAGGCAAAUAACAUGGAGGCUAAUAUUGAAAAGGAGCUUGUAGUCGCCCUCGGGGUGGGUUUGGGCGCAGACACCAUAUUCACCGUUAAACUGAACACAACACUCGUUGUCCGCACAGUCGACAAACCCUUUACACGACUUGCCCUCAUUCGCCACCACACAUACGACUGCCAUUAUAGCAAUUACGACCAAGACAACGAGUGUUGUGUUCAGUUUACCGGUGAAUAUGGUGUCUGCGCUCAGACCCACCCCGAGGGCGACUACUGUGGAAAUCCG